AAAACUUCCUCGUUUCCCUGCCCUCUCUCAGUCUCAGGCCUCCUUCCCCGUCCCCGCCACCAAAAACCACUCUCUUCUUUCUCUCUCCCAAAUCCGCGUUCCUGUUCCCACUUGUACUCAUUCUUUUGAAUUUUCUCUUACACGUAAGAAAAUAGCAAAAAAAAAAAAAAACCAGAGAAGAAAAGAAGGGUUUUCCGCGGCACCUGGUUUUCGUUUCACAGCCUUGUGUUAUUUAUUCCUUCCUACCCCAAACUCUAUCCACUCCCCCUUGUUGGAUCUAUCCAGUUCCGCACAUUUCUCGAAAAACUUAUUGGGUUUUCCUGUUUAUUAUGUAAUGGAUGUCUCGCUUUCUGGCAUGCUCAUAUUUAAGACGAAGGGAGAGUGGUGGUGGCGGUGGAGAUGGUAGAAGCUGAUCGGGGUCUCUGCUUAUUUCUCGGAGGGGCUGAUCCCAUUGAGUCACACAGUGACUAUAAGAAUCGGUAGGCUAAAGCGCUCCGCUGAGAUGGAGUUACUGUAGAUUUUGACCCUUAGAUUCGUGACGGGAAUAUCUCUCUCUCUCUCUCUUGCUCGUGUAGAGGAAAUUGGGAUCUGUCGGUUGGUUUUGGCAUUGGUGGUGUUUCUCUUGAGAGAUUUUUCUUUUUGUGGGGAUUGGAGAAGUUUCUUCUCGGUGGUGAUGAAGAUAGGGUGGAGGUUGAUGGAGGAGAAGAAGCGGGCGGUGGCCGGAAGAGAGGAUGAGGAAGGUAGCAGCGAGAUGGGCUGCCGGAGGAUGAGGCGGCGGAUGUCCAGGCCAUUGGUUCAGGAGGUGUUCGACCUCUGCAAGGACGUGUUCAGGGGACCUGGCAGCGUGCCGUCCCCCACCGACGUCCAGGAGAUGAGGCUCAUCCUCGAUAGGAUGACGCCUGCGGAUAUCGGGUUAAGUGAAGAUUUUUUCUUCAACAAUAAUAGGGCAGUGAAUGAAACUCCAAGGAUGAGAUAUAUGCACAUAGACGAGUGCGGAAACUUGUUUUCGAUUGGUGUCUUCUUACUCCCUCAAUCAGCCACAAUUCCCCUCCAUGAUCAUCCGGGAAUGACUGUUUUCACCAAACUUUUAUUUGGAUCAGUCCGACUCAGAUCAUAUGACUGGGUUGAACCAUUUGAACCAGAGGAUGACUUGCCUUCUCAGAUUGCCCUGGCCAAGUUGAAAGUUGAUGAUGUAUUCAGAGCCCCUUGCAAUGCUUUCGUCCUGUAUCCAGCUUCAGGGGGCAAUUUGCAUUGCCUGCAAGCUGUGACUCCAUGUGCGGUGCUUGAUGUGCUCGGACCGCCAUAUUCAGUUCAUGACGGUCGAGAUUCCACCUAUUAUCAGGAAUUUCCAUAUUCAAGCUUUUCUGGAGCAGCUCAUGUUGCAGAAGAUGAGACAGAUCAGUAUAGAUGGUUAGAAAAGAUUGAGCAGCCGAGCCUUCAAGUUGGUCCUGCAGACUAUGCAGGUCCGGAAAUCAUCAAGGGCUUUUAGUAGGCAAUGCAACAUCCAUGGUGGCUGCAUUAACUUAUCUUUACAAUAGCAGGCGCUCAUCAGAAGAGUUUACGAAAUGAAUUUUCCUUCCGCUUUUCUUCUGUAAACUUGGUCUUCUUUUCUUUCUUUCACUCAGUUCAUGUAAAAAAAUGCUUCUUUAUCUCAUGUUUUGGAUGUCUUUUCA